AUGUCAACUACUGCAUCUUCCCACAUGGAUGAUCUGAUGUCAAGGAUACUCUCUGAUGAAUCAGUAUUGCGAGUAAAAGACGUUGAAAACGUACGCAGGAAAAUAUCUAGGAUACUUGAAGGAGGAGUAGAAAAGCUACAUGUAAUUAGUGACUUCGAUUCGACAAUGACACGACAUUUUAGGGAGGACAUGUCUCGUAAUCCAACCUGUCAUCAGGUUCUGUCUUCAGGCAGGAUGAUGAGCCCAGAGUUAAUUGUUCCCUCCACUAAUCAGUUCAAGCGAGCGACUGAAGAACUCUAUAAAAAGUAUUUCCCGAUAGAAAUGGACACCUCUCUGACUAUUGAAGAAAAAAUGCCCUAUAUGGUUGAAUGGUGGAGUAAAGCCCAUGAACUAGUAAUCGGGCAGAAGCUUACAAAAAAUGAUAUCAAACAGAUGCUUGUGGAUACGCCGUCAAAAUUAAGGGAAGGCAUGGCCGAGUUAAUUAUACAAUGUAAAGAAAAGAAUAUUCCGUUGCUGAUAUUCUCGGCUGGAGUAGGCAACAUUAUUGAAGAACUCUUGCAAACGAACAAUCUUCUCUUUCCGAACAUGCACAUCAUAUCUAACGUGAUGCAAUUUAACCCUGAAACAGGCAUCUGUGAUAGAUUCAGAAAACCAGAGAUUCACGUAUUCAACAAGUCGGAAGUAACCGUUCGAGAUCUGCCGUAUCAUGAUACAAUUGAGAACCGUCCAAACGUAAUUCUGCUCGGUGAUUCCGCUGGCGAUCUACAAAUGUCCAAAGGCAUCUCCCAUGAAGUUUGUCUGACAAUUGGGUUUCUUAACUUGGAAAUAGAAAAGAGACUGGAUGCAUUCAUUGAGUUGUAUGAUAUUGUGGUUUUGUAUGAUGGAGCGGCAGAUGUUGUUAACUGGAUUUCGGAGAAGCUAUGA